AUGGGCCUACUGAUCGCCGACGAAAAGCUGCUCAAUGAUCAAGAGCAAUAUCUCCUUGACCGAAACUCUGCAGAAUCGCGACGGCUGAAUGAUCAGCACGAGAUACUUCUUAAAGCUGCGGGUGGCUAUAUCCCAGUCCCAUUCUCGGUUCAGGCGGACAACAUCUCCGCCAUACUUGAUCUCGGUACUGGGAAUGCUCAGUGGCUUCUCGGUUUGCGGCAGUCUGGCAUCGUCGCUUCAAAUGUGGAGUUGUAUGGAGUGGAUAUUAGCGACCGUAUGAUGCCAAGUGUCGAAGUAGAAAAGCAAUUCGGACUCACCCUGGAGGUUCGCGACCUAUGCGAGCCAUUUCCGUCUCAUUGGAAUCAAAAAUUCGAUCUUAUUCAUGGAAGACACGUUCUUAUAUGGAUCGAACCGCGAAAAUGGCCGACAGUGCUCAACAAUCUGAAACAAGCUCUCAAACCGGGAGGAACAUUGGUGAUAAUGUAUCCGGGUGAAAUCCCCUACGAUGUACACACUGAUGCACCCUUGGCUUGUAAUUCAGCGCCAAUGAAGUUAUUCUCGGCUUUCAUUCGGUACGUGCUCAACGUGUCUAAAGAUUUUCAUGUAGGGUUAAUUCUUCAGCCCUUUCGAUACAGAUACACUGAUUAUGAGGGCCUCCCUCGACGAGCUGCCAGGAAUCUUCCCAAACUAAUGCAACAGGCUGGCUUCGAUUCCAAGACCAUAACAUCACAUACCGGUAAAAUAAAUCUGGGACGUGCAGAACCCGAUGUCACCCUACGACCUGCGAGCUCUCGUCAUUUAGACUUCGUCGUCCAAAAGACCCGAAAAAUGAGCGAGCUGAUGUCAUUUGAUGACAUAGGGUGUCCAUCUUACGAUGACGAAGACGGUGGGUCCUGA